CGGUCAGAGAAGCCGCCUCUGCGAGAAUUAUGUGAGGCGGAUGGAUUUAACUUUAUCUUCAGUGAGUUGGUGUUUGGAGCAAGUGGGAGCGGCGUGAUAGAUGUUCGGAACAAAGUUGCGCUCGUGGAUGGAGGCGCACAUCGUGCGACCCCGCCGCAAACAGUCGAGAGCAGCCAAAGAUGCAGCGGCCACUGCCAUUAAUCGGCAACAAAAAAAGCAGAAUGACGAAACGAUACAAACGCAAUGUGCUGAUCAGACUGGAUACUCAACGCUCAGUGCCUCAAACACUGGCGAAUCAUUGCAUCGCGAUGCAUCGGGCAGUACGAUUGCUCGUGUUGGCUCCCAGGGGGGUGCAUUGGGUGCCAGUCUCUCUUCACCGGAAAGUGCGUACUCGACAGGUUACUCGACUGACGGUACUUCGCCAGGCGCAGCAGCUCCGCCGGAGUACUAUAUCAACAUCCGUACUGGCACUCACUACUUUCAACGCGCACGAGAUUCAGAUGUGCAGAGUGCGGUCCAACGAACGGACCAGCUGAAAAAUACUACUCUCAAGACGCCCGAUGCGGUAGUUCAGAGUAGACAUCGACGAGCUGAAUCAUGCUGCCCGCCAUCUUUCGACAAUGUACAAGGAUCUAAACUUCUAGUAUACCGCUCACCAUUGCCUUCUGUUAAAAAUUUAGAUGGCAACACACCAGCUGUUGUUAUUCAAGCACCUCCUUCGGUUCUCGGGGCUGCCACUUCUCCGUCUCCAAGGCAGCGCAGCAGAAUCCGAACAAACCCUUGGAUCACUUGCAACUCAUCGAAAACAAGUUUCAAUGGUAGUGAAACUACCUCUUGUCUGAGUGCUAGUAGUUCAUCGUGUUUAGCUCUUUCCAACAGUGCCGGGGAAAGUGCAAAAGAAACGAAUGGGCCUAUUUCUUCUGCAAAUAUUAACCCAUCGGGGAAAGUUUUUACACCGAUCUCAAGUAGACGCCAAUCGCCUCGAGUGUCAAGACAACAUAUUAUAAGUCCGAAGAGAUAUACGCGUGUAUCAGGUAAAUAUGACGAGAGUUACGUAUACGAAAAAGAAACGGAUAUUCUCAGUGAUAGCGACCCUACUGAUUGCGAACAGGAUUUAAUGGGUUGCGGAGUGGGUUACAAUUCAGAUACUGGGGGCGAAGAAGCUGGGGAUGAAGAUACGGCUUUCGACGAAAUGGAUUACAUCGAUGCAGAGUGCGGAUACACGACUCUGGAUGAUGCUAACGACUUUAAAUUCAAGAAUACUGGAAGAUGUACUUACCACGGAUAUCAUGAGGUGAUACCACCUAUUUUGGCGACGGAUGCUGCAGCACGACGAAGAGAAUGCUAUUUGCGACGAAGCGCUAGGAGGCAACAAUUAUCAAUUCAAUCAACCGCAGAUUACAGCGAUGGUGGCAGAAAAAGCAAGUCCAUUCGAAGGAUAGAACAGGGCACCAGAAGUCUUGGAGGCACACCGUUAUCGUUAAGACGUCAUGCACAUUCUGCAGCGGCUGCCGAUAAAAAGCAAUAUCAUUCAACAAAGUCUCCAAAAUUAGAGGUCCGAACUAAGAAACGAUCAAAUUCUGUCAGUUUUGCUGAAGGAAUGAGAAGGGAUUUCGUUCGCAAUAACCUUACAAAUUGCGAUUCCGAAAUCGCUAUAAUGGAGGCCGAUAAGGAAGCAGACCAGAAGUAUAAAGAAUUGAUUUUAGAAGCCGAAAAUAUCCUUGUCAGUAUGAAAAGUGCAACGCCAUCACCACGACAUAGGCCGAUGCCCAAUAUACCAGCAAACAAACGUGUAGAACAUUUACGGUCAACGGAGAUAGAUUUGGUAUUUCUUAAAAAUCGCGUUGAGGAUGCAUCGGUAACGAAUAGUCCAAAAGCAAAGGCCUCACCAAGAUUCAGUCCAAAGAAAAAUCAUAUAUCUAACUUUAUAAUAAGCAAUUCCCCAGAAUUAAGCAGAAAGGACUCAAGUGAUUUCACUGUUAAACAAAUUACAAAUCAACAUGCUUUGAAAAGUAUGCCUUCUAAUUUUGCUCCGGUAUGCCCUAAAUCUCCGGCAGUUAUGAGAAAAAUAUAUACUAAUCGUUUGGGAUUCAGUGACAGAAACUCCCAAGUUAAAGUGAAUGGAAGAAUUAUGAACGAAGAUAGUGAGACAGCUAAAAAUGAAAAUGCUCACAAAGAGAGGUUUAAUAUUCAAUCACAGAUGAAAAAUUUACGCGUUGAAGACGAUAGUGACUCGUGCGAAAACGAUAAGAGCAAUUAUGUAAAAUCUGAUGCUGCAAGGCUGAUGGGUGCAAAUAAUCAGAUCAUUGUGAAACCUGGUCUCGGACGUGCGAAUGGAGUCCGACUGAAUCUAGAAUCGUCUAGCUCAGAAUCUGACGGCAGACAUCAAAAGGAUGAAUUCAAAAAGCAUAAAAAACCGCCGUUAAUAUCUUUUAGCUCUGUUGAUAUGGGGCAUAAAAUUCAAGAUACAGCGUAUUGUCCUCAAAGCGAACCUGUUAAAAGAAAGGUUUAUAAUUGUAGCAUGACAUAUGAUCGAAUUCAAAAAACCUUGAAAGAGCCUGAAGGAAUAAAUGCGCGAUUACUGGGUGACGAAAAUAUUUUGAAUGAUGAUACGGGUAAAUGCCACAAUAACCUUCGAGUGAAAGUGGCGCAAUUGCGCCGCGAACGACUCACAGCCGAGGCGAACGCGAUGGGCUCCGCCGAGCCGAGCAGUUGCCUGCAGCAGCAGAUCUCACAAAUGCGACGGCAAAUUCUGCUGCACACUCUGGAAGGCCUCAAACGAAGUUUGCAAGACCAGUCUGCGUCAUUGCACACCAAUUACUGCAAAGCAAGUAAUUCAAAAGCUAAAGAAAUUAACAAUGAGUGA